AUGUCUAUAUCUAUGAUAGUCUCCGAUGUUACUAUUGCUGUUGUCGCUGAUACUGCUGCUUUUAGUGCUGUGGCUGCUGUUGCUGUAGUUCCUGUGGCUGCUGUUGUUGAUAUUAUUGUUUCUGUGGCUGCUGUUUCUGUAGUUGCUGUUGUUGUUACUGUGGCUGCUGUUACUGUGACUGCUGUUACUGUUGUAGCUGUAGCUCAAUAUAACAAUAAUUAUUAUGAUACUGAUAACGAUAGUGAUAACAAUAGCUAUAACGAUCGCGAAAACUAUAACGAUAACGAUAACGAAAAUAAUAACAAAAGCAAUAACAAUAGCCAUUACGAUAGCGAUAACGAUAACGAUAACGAUAGCUACAAUGAUAACAGUAACCAUAGCGUUAAUGAUAGUGAUAACGAAAGCGAUAACAAUAGCUAUAACGAUACCGAUAGCAAUAACCGUAACGAUAGUGAUAACGUUAACGAUAGCGACAACUAUAGCGAUAACGAUAGCAAUAACGAUAACAAAAAUGAUAACGAAAGCGAUAACGAUAGCAAUAACGAUAACGAUAAUGAUAACAAUAAUGAUAGCGAUAUCGUUCGGUAUCGUCUGAUAUUGUCCUAUAUGAUAUGA